UUAGAAAACUAAUGUUCUUGAUUGCGCUAUCUGAAAAUGCCGAAUAGUAAAGGACGGAUAGUGGGCUUUGGAAUCAGACAUCCAAGGAAGUUAUAGCCAGCAUCAGGAAAGACAAGAUCCACAGCAACUCGACGAUGGCAUACUGCUCUCUGAUCGCUUCACUGAUACCCCUCCGCAAGGGAGAAGAUGGAAGUGGCCGUGGAUCGUCUUAUACAUGGUCCUUUCGGUGGAAACUGCGAAUUAAAAAUACUUCAUCAUGUACAGAGCACACCAUCCGUCCUUCGUUUAAUAACAAACCUCGAAGAGGUUUCUGGUUUUCUUACCAUCUUGUGAAACAGCAUCCUACGCUGGAUGACCCUGACAAAAAGCAAUUGAUCAUUGAUCACGGCCGUUUCCAGGCCAGAAUUCAAGCCCUACGAUUGACAGAGCAAACACGACUGGUUAGCGUAUGGUCCGGAAAUUGUUCUCCGACCCCAAAAAUGCAACACAUGUGGUCGAUCUGCGCUUUGUUGCGGCAUUGUCUGUGUGAGUCAGUGGUUUAUACUGGCAAGUAUGACACUCCUCAGCGAAGGAGUGGAGAGGUAUCACCAUGGUCGAUAAGAUAGAAUGAAGACAAAGAAUAAUUUUCAUCAUUCACACGAGAACAAGCACACUACACAGAGACGAAAAAAUAAUAAUAAUAUCCAAACAUGUCCAGGACACGCGCCCCAAAAAUGAAGGGGUACGGGCAUAUCAUAAGGAACUUACUCGAUCAAUUGUUUGCAGGGCCAAACGAUGUUGUAGAGGGAGGAGGAGGUGGGAUGGAGAGGAAUAUGGAGUGGU